AUGCCGGGGCUGGCGGGCCCGGGGGGGAUGGAGGGCUGGAGCCCCACGCCGCCACUCUACGAGGAGUACCGGCCGCCGCAGCUGGACACCAUCCGCCUGCCGCGGUACGUGCUGUACCUGCUGCUGGCCGCGCUCCUCGUGCUGGCCGUGGCCUACGCCAUUGUCGGCCACCUCAUCAAGGACCUGGCCCACGACCUGGCCGACUGGGCCUUCGGCCCGAAGCCGGACCAGGAGGAUGGCCCCCGGGAGCUGCGCCCGAGCCCGGAGGGCGAGGACCUGGAGCAGCUGGACCUGCAGCUGGCCCUGGCCUGGCGCGGAGACGAGGACGGCGGCGAGGCGGCCCCUGCAGAAGCCCCCGCCCGGGCCCCCCGCCGACCCUCCAUCGCCUUCAAGGACCCCGGGGGCCGCAGCUCCUUCUGGAGGCUGAACUGAGGCGGUGCCGCCUACACCUGGCCAGGCCCUCCCUCCGGGCGCCGGGGCCCCUCCCCGCCGUCGGGGGUUCA